AUGGAUGUAGGUCGCCGGUGCAGGGAAGGAGGAGGGCGGCGCCGGGGAAGGAGGAGGGCGGCGCGUUGGAGGGAGGCCGCCUGCGCCGGGGAAGGAGGAGGGCGGCGCGGGGUGGAGAGAGAGGCGUCCGGCGCCGGGGAAGAAGGAGGGCGGCGCGUGGUGGAGGGCGGCGGCCGGCGCCGGGGAAGAAGGAGGGAGGCACGUGGUGGAGGGAGGCGGCCGGCGUCGGGAAAGGAGGAGGGCCGCUCGCGGUGGAGAAAGGCCGCCGACGUGGGGGAAGGAACCGGCGGCGGUGGUUACAGUGAGAGGGGCGUGGGUUAG